GUGUUGACAGAAAGAGCUGAAGGGGAGGUGGGGUGGAGGAAACAAAGCUAGGGGUUAUGGGGGUGCUGAGGCUGUGGGGAUAAGGAGGCUAUGAGUCCUUCCCCACCCUGAGCCCCCCUCCUACUUCUGCAGCUGGAGGAGCUUUUCCUGGUCUCUGUGCUCCCCUGGGGCUAGAGAGGUCCAGCAAACUGUUUGGGUGGGAAAAGAGAACUGGAGGAAGUUGACAGGGAUGGGCGGGGCCGGUGGGGGGGCUGACCAGGAACCCAGCUUCCUGCUCAGAACCCAUCUAGCCCCCAGCUGGCCCCCUCCCCUUCCAGCCCCCUCUCCCUUCUGGAACCCAGGGUUCCAGCCCUCUUCCCAAAUCCCAGCCACGCUUCCCCCAUCAGUUUCUCCCCUUCAGGGGAUGGAAGCCGAAAGACCCCAGGAGGAAGAGGAUGGUGAGCAGGGCCCCUCCCAGGAUGAACAGGGCUGGCCCCCUCUGAAAACCACUACAAGGCCUUGGCGAUCUGCUCCUCCAUCCCCUCCUCCUCCAGGGACGAGAGGCACAGGCCUGGGGCCCCGUUCGGCCUCCCUGCUCUCCUUACAGACAGAGCUCCUUCUGGACCUGGUGGCUGAGGCCCAGUCCCGCCGCCUAGAGGAGCAGAGGGCCGCCUUCUGUGUCCCCCAAAGCCCCCCAAACCGAGCCUCAGCCACACCCCGGCCUCUUGAGGACAGAGAACAGCUCUACAGCACCAUCCUCAGUCACCAGUGCCAGCGGAUGGAAGCCCAGCGAUCAGAGCCUCCCCUGCCGCCAGGAGGACAGGAACUCCUGGAGUUGCUGCUAAGGGUUCAGGGUGGGGGACGAAUGGAGGAGCAAAGGUCCAGGCCUCCCACACACACUUGCUGA